ACCCCUGAAACUCAAUACAGCCGGGAAGGAUCAUAGCGACUAUUCAGCUGAUCACCCUUCUUCCUUGUCCCUCAAAUAUUUAUUUCUCAAAUUAAGUCCCAACAAUUUCUGAUCACUUCUCAUCGUAUGUGCCGACCAUUUCCCUUACCCCAUGCCCCCAUCUCCCACCCCACCCCUACUCUCAAUCUCUGUAUAUAUAUACACACACUCAACACUAAAUAUCUUCCACCAAGUUUGAUGAGUUGUCACAUAUCUCAUAAAAGCAGUUAUCCACUUUCCACAAAAAAAACGUACAGUACUUCCAACUUCUCAGACUAAGAACAAAAAUCUCCUUUAACAGUGGGAUUUACUUCCUGAUAUCUUGUGUGAUAACCCAAUUUUCCUAUAUUAAAGAACUACUACGUAGUAAGUACUUGUUUCGUGAGAAAGUUUAGACAAUUUUGAACUAUGAAGAAAGUAAGAGGUUUCAAACUUGGGAGGAGGUUAGUGAGAGUUUUCAGCUGGUUUAUUAACCAGAAAACAAAAGGAGGUGGAGGAGGAUACAAGAGGGUGAAGUUACAGGGAUGUGGCAGCACAGCCAUUUCGAAGCUGAGUAAGUGUUUACGCUUACUAAAACAUGGAGUAAAAAGUCUCUGUAUUGCGAAACCCAAUUCGGGUUUUUUCCGGGUCGGGCAAGAACUGAUAGAGUCGAAGAAAGUGAGUGUACCGAAGGGACACUUGGCUGUGUACGUUGGAGAGGAUAAAGAUGACACGUGUAGAAUUGUGGUGCCUGUUAUAUAUUUUAAUCACCCGUUAUUUGCUGAUUUGUUGAGGGAGGCAGAGAUGGUUUAUGGGUAUAAUCAUUCGGGCGGGAUCCAAAUCCCUUGUCGGAUAUCUGAAUUUGAGAACGUUCAAUCAAGAAUCGCCGCCACCGGCGGUGGUGGAAAAUGCCGUGGAGAGCGGAGCUGGAGGCUCAAGUAACAUUUUCAGUCGUGUUGAUGAAUGACGAUGUCUUUACCAAAUUUGACAACUUCAUUGUCAAAGUAACAAGGCAGUGAUUCUGCCUAAUAACUCUUAACUUUCGCUGAUUAAACAGACACCGGUUUUAUUGCUAUUUAUUAGCGGAUAAAAAAAAAAUGGUGGACUUCAGCUGGUUGCACGUGUACGCAUAUAUUGCUUUCAAAUACUAUCACGUUUGCUUACUAAAGAGUCUUCUUUGCCUAUGAUUUAGAACGAAAAGCCAAUGCAAUUAUCAAAACCUAUAUUUGUUCUAUUCUCCCAAGCCAUAAUUCAAUUUACUGAACUUCAUAAA